UUUGAUUAUAUUGCGUUAAGACAGAGAGCAAAUUUGGGUCAACGAAAAACCACCACGACCUCCGUCGCGCCAUACACAGCGAAAUGAAUCCGCCGCCGGCAACAAUCCGGUGGCACACAACCGUAACCCUAUGCCUCGCGGCGGUUCUCAUCCUAACCACCAUAUCUCCUUCGCACGCAAUCUACUGCGACGAAGAUGAUUGCUACGAUCUGCUCGGGGUUUCUCAGAAUGCUAAUUCUUCAGAGAUCAAGAAAGCUUACUACAAACUCUCGUUGAAACACCACCCUGAUAAGAACCCUGAUCCAGAAUCAAAGAAGCUGUUUGUUAAAGUCGCUAAUGCUUACGAGAUUUUGAAAGAUGAGGCCACGCGAGAACAAUACGAUUACGCAAUUGCGCAUCCAGAGGAGGUGUUUUAUAACACAGCACGUUACUAUCGGGCAUACUAUGGGCAUAAGACGGAUCCUCGUGCUGUGUUGAUUGGCCUGCUUCUUAUUCUUUCUGGUUUCCAGUAUCUAAAUCAGUCGGCAACAUAUAAUCAGGCCAUAGAAAUGGUCAAGAAGACACCUGCAUAUAAAAAUAGACUAAGGGCAUUGGAACUUGAACGCAAUGGAGGGAUCACAAACAAGAAGAAGAGUCAGAAGAAUAUGAACAAGAAAACGGAGGAAGACCUCAGCAAAGAACUUGACCUGCAGAUAACAGGAGCUGAAAAGCCCUCUGUAUGGAAACUCAUUGGUGUUCGCUUUAUUCUUUUACCUUAUACUUUAGGAAAGCUACUGUUCUGGUCUGGCUGUUGGUUUUGGAGAUACAAGAUGAAAAAAUGUCCUUAUGCAUGGGAAGAUGCUUCUUAUCUAACACAAAGGUCCCUUGGUCUUCCUAACGAUAGAUGGAGAAGUAUAGAUGAAGAGACAAAGGAAGAUCUUGUGCUAAGACGCUUGUGGGAGAAAUCAAAUCUGGAAAGUUACAUGGCAGAGAUGCGGAAAGAAUCAAAACGCAGAAGAUAGCUGCUUUAGUUGAUUCACGCCUUCACCUGCUACUUUUAAAGUACUAAAAUAUAUUUUACUUCUGAACUUGAAAUUAACUGCAACAUGAUAGUUAAAAUUUUCAGCUAUAAAUAUAUUUAUUAGGGAUGCUUUUAUAUUUGGGGGAGAGGGGAGAGGGGGUAGAGCUGAAAUUUUCAGGUAAACCACAAAGUUUUGUAUUUAUAAGCAAAAUGUACUAAGUUAUAAGCAGGCUGCUCUCUGGGAGUCUGUCAACAGAACACCAAAGAUGACUGGUUUUGCUAUUGUUUAAUUCUUUCAAUGAAGUACGUACUUAGUAAUAA